AAGGCGCAAAGUUCGUUUUUCUAGGUCGCGAUACGGUUGUUCCCAAAAUGAAGUUCUUCGCUACGAAAGCUCCAAAUGAGGAAGUUUCACUAACCAAUAGGGUGUUUUUUAAUCCGAAGGAUUUUAAUGAAAAACUUGGUUGCGUAGCCAUACACACUGCGGCUGAUAAAUAUGUAUUUCGUGCGGGUUCACACGAUCAUGUCCCUCAAGGAAAGGUUGCGUUUGGUUUGGCUCAGCGUAAAUGGGGCAAUAUUUCAGUAGAUGAACCGUUAGAUGUUCAACCAUACACAUUUAAUUUGGCUCGUGAAUGUCUAGGUUCUGCAGUUUUGGCUGUGGAUUUUAAUAAUAAAAAAAUGUCGAUCAAUGAGCCGUUAGAUUCAGAUCGAAUGGCUUUAGAAUUCAGCAUGCAAUUCGCAGAUACACCAUUAACCGUCGGUCAGCAUAUUCUUUAUCGGUUUAACAAAAUGACAUUCCUUGUUGAGGUUAAGAAAUUGUCAGCUUUGUCAAUGGAUGGUGAUGUUGACAAUAGUAAAAUUGGCAUGUUAACUGGGAAUACAGUAAUUCGUUGGAUGCCUCAAUCAGAUUCUAAAUUAUUAUUAAUUGGUAAAGCUGCAUUGGAUGACGAUGGAGCUAGUUCUAUUGGAGGGGGUGGUGGCUAUCAUAGUAUCAUCAAUCCAAAUUGGGAUUUUAAUCAAAUGGGUAUCGGUGGAUUGGAUAAAGAAUUUUCAGCUAUAUUUCGACGAACCUUUGCAUCACGAAUGUUUCCUCCGGCAGUUGCAAAACAAUUAGGUUUAAAACAUGUCCGUGGUAUUCUGCUAUACGGUCCACCUGGUACUGGUAAAACACUAAUGGCACGACAAAUUGGUAAAAUGCUUAAUGCACGUGAACCUAAAAUUGUCAAUGGUCCAAGUAUAUUAGAUAAAUAUGUCGGUGAAUCUGAAGCGAAUAUCCGUAAAUUAUUCGCUGAUGCUGAAGAAGAAGAAAAACGCAUGGGUGCAAAAUCUGCAUUGCAUAUUAUUAUAUUUGAUGAAAUUGAUGCCAUUUGUAAAUCACGUGGAUCUACAGGUGGAGGUGCUGGUGUACAUGACACUGUAGUCAACCAACUACUAACUAACAUGGAUGGAGUGAAUCAGUUAAAUAAUAUACUUGUCAUUGGAAUGACUAAUCGACGAGAUAUGAUUGAUGAAGCACUUUUAAGACCUGGGCGUUUUGAAAUGCAAAUGGAAAUCUCUUUACCAGAUGAAGAUGGUCGACUUCAAAUCUUAAAUAUACAUACAUCGAAAAUGCAACAGGCCGGUAAAUUGGCACGUGAUGUUGAUUUAAAAGAAUUAGCGGCUAAAACAAAGAAUUUCAGUGGUGCUGAAAUUGAAGGCUUAUGCCGCGCUGCAGCAUUCACCUCAAUGUAUCAAUUAAUAAGUCCAUCCGGGAAAACUCAAUUGGAUCCUGAUGCAUUUGACCGAUUGUUAGUAAAACGUUCUGAUUUUCUAUACGCAUUGGAACAUGAUGUUAAACCGGCUUUUGGUGCUUCUGAAGAAGAACUCAGCUGUUAUGCUCCUCGUGGUAUUAUGAUGUGGGGCGAGUCUGUAUCACAUGCAUUAGAUAUGGGUCGACUAGCUGUGUCUGCAGUAAAAGAACCAGAUGUUGAAACGUACAGACCCUUAACUUUAUUAUUAGAAGGUCCACCGAAAGCUGGUAAAACAGCGCUAGCUGUUGAGAUUGCACGAUUAUCUGGAUUCCCAUUCGUCAAAAUUGUUACGUCACAUAAAAUGAUUGGAUUCACUGAAAUGGCUAAAUGCGCUGCAAUGAAAAAGAUUUUUGACGAUGGUGCCAAAUCACCGUUAAGUGUUGUGAUUGUUGAUAAUAUUGAAGGUUUAAUUGAAUACAAUCCAGUUGGGCCAAGAUUUUCAAAUUUCAUUGUUCAAGCAAUUCGUGAUUUGGUUUCUCAACCAUUGAAAGCGGGUCGUCAUAUGCUAGUAUUGGCUACAACUAGUUGCCGUGAAGCGUUAACAGAUCAAAAUCUUACGCAAGCUUUUUCAUGGCACGUCCAUGUUGCUAUGCUAUCAAGACCUGAGCAUGUAAUUGCUGCGUUAGAAGAGGAUGGACGUUUUACAUCGAAAGAACAACAGAUUAUUGAAAAAUCUUUAUCGGGUCGUCGUUUAUGUAUUGGAAUCAAGCAUUUGCUUGAUUUGAUUGAUCUCGUUUCGAAGGUAAAUAAUGAUCUUGUGAUUCAUACUGUUCUGUGUACAGUUAUCUGAUUUCACUGGCAAAAAUGUUAUUCAAUGAUAUAUUUGUAAUUCACAUUUUCCGCUUCAUAUAUCCAUAUAUCCAUAUGAUGAAUUCAAAUCUAGUUAGGCGGGAUUAUGAUAAACCUUCAAAGCAAUAUAAACAGAGAUGGAUGGUGGCUAGCAGUAAAAUCCAGGACGCGUGUUUCGUCUUAUUUUGGACUUUUCACCUGGAUGAACCUGCAUCCUUGAGUUGACUCGAACUCAAUACUGUUUGCUUCAAGCGCCAUUGCGUUGUUCACUUAGCUACUGAGUUCAGAUAGCCAAUAAUAGUUUUAAUUCAUGGUCUGGUAUCUGUUCAUGUGAAUUUUUAUCAGGUUCCAAACUAUGCGUCUUACUAAAUUCAAACAUCCAUUAUAAGAAAUUGAAGUUAAUAAGUUCCAACUUUUCAGUGAAAUACUCGAAAUCAAUUUUUCAGUCUGUGAACUUGUUCCUAAGUGACAUUUAUUUUAGUCAUUGCUUUUUAACAGGUUUAACUUACGUGAUAUAAGAUUCAAAGAAACAAGUGUUCUUAGCUCAAAUGAAUCAUCACCAUAUGCAUACUCCAGUCAUCAUGCCCAGGGAGCAACUGGUAGGCUUGUCAUGACCUUGAAGUUGCUCUCUCUACGACGUACUUAACCUGAAUAACCCAAAUCAUCACACAUUACAUUAUCACUGUAAAAGAUGAAAUUAGCAAGCUGUAGAUAACGAAUGAAUCGGAAUUAUAUUAGCGUUCGUGGUUCUGAAGAAAUGCUAAACAGAAUGAAUACUAGUUCAAAGGAAAAGAAUUAAUUGAUGAAAUUAAAAUUUCUAAACUAAUAAUAAUGAAUACUUUUGUGUUUCUGUGAAUGAUUCUAAGUUUUCAGUAUACCAAUCAUGAUUUUUAUUCAUUUGUUAUUAUGACUAUUACCUUUUUUCAUUUUUCUUCAUAUUUGUCAAGCGGACAAUUAGUUUUCAUAAUUCUGAUUCAUAAAUUAAUUUCAUCCUUCUAUUCUUCUCUAACCCCUUGAUUAUUGCGCAACCUCAUUUGAUAUUGACAAUCUUUUCUGUCCUUUUAUAGACAUAUCUAUUAACGACUACGACUAUAAAUACAAAUGUACAGCCUAAAUAAAUGAUUUUAUCGAGAUGAAAAUUUUAUUGACUAUUUGUUACCUUCAUUGCCUAAUACUAAUCUAUCAAUCUUGUUUGUCUGGACCUCCGGAAAAAGUUGCUAUCCUCACACGGUUUUUUAUAGGUUUAAUUGUUGUUUAUAGAUAGAAAAAAAUAAUUGAUUAGUGUGAAAAAUAUCUCAAUGAAACUUUGUUUUUAAGAAAAGGUUUAAAGAAGUAACUUGGUUCCAUACGAUGUAUUAUGUCACUAAAAUAUCAAGUUGUGUUAUUGGUAUACAUUCAUUGAUAAAUCUCCUAUGUAACUCCAUUUUAUUGAGAGUAAAAUGUGGUGAGUUUAUAAUUUAUAAACGACCUUUGAAUGACGAUGAAGUGAGCUUGGAAAUAUCCACCUUGUCAAAGUUAAAAGAGGACUUAAGAUUAGAAUUUAGAGUUAGUGACUAAGGUUAAGAAUUGGAUUUCGGAUUUUCAUCACGAACUGACAUAAGCUAUAGUGCCUAAAUGCCAUAUAACUUUAUGGAGGAAUGAAUUUUCGUGCCAAAAUUCAUAACGUACCAUCUUUAAUUUCAUCGGUUCGUCUACAAAUUAUAGUCUCAAUAAAAAAGAAACAAUUUAAAAUUAUCCAUUAGAUAGUAAAAAUGAUUCUUAACGAUGAGAUUUAACCAUUAAGUAAAGAAAUUACUCUUUCAUCAAUAUGUACAACACUUUGAAUUGGUUAAUUGUUUUCUUUCUUUUCUUCCUAGAAUGAUCCAGAUCAUCGUGUUGCUGCAUUUCUUGCUAAAUUAGAAGAAGUUGGUAUUGUUGAUAUAUAAGAACGAAUGAAUAAUAUUUAUUACAAUUUGUUACUAUCUCUAUAUAGUUACAGAUAUUUAUGAUCACAAUGGUUGUGUUAUGCCAAAACAAAAAGAGUCCUAAUUCCACGAUAUAUAUGUAUAUUCUAUUGAUGAAUUUGUUUAGUUAUUUUAAUCUAUAUAAUCAUUCCGUGAAUAUUUAUAUUUUCCUCAAAUUAUGGUUGUUAUAUAAUCACUUGAUUCUUUCAAUUUCUUUUUACUUGUCUUUUUUUCUUCUUCGGAUAAAUUCAUUGUCAUUAUUUCACAGUUCAUAUUAUACACUAAAUUUACUUCGUUACUCUUAUUCUCUUAGAGAUAUUGUGUAACCAUCAUUCGUAAUACCAUUGUCUCCUACUAUGCAUAUUACAAUAAACGUUUAUUUACUUCUCAUUCAUUCCCUUCAACAUAAGCAAAAUCAUAAUGAGCCAAUGCAGGACAAACAUAUCGUGAUAUAAUAAAAACUUAUUUAUUUAUUCAUUCUCAUUUAAAUUUAUAUCUUCAUAGAAUUAAAAUAUAUCUGUUGAAGAGAUAA